AUGAGCAGUUUGGAUCGCCAGAUAGAGCAGCUGCGUCGGUGCGAGUGCAUCCCGGAGAGAGAGGUGAAGGCGUUAUGCGCAAAAGCCAAAGAAAUCCUGGUGGAAGAGAGCAACGUAGAGAGGGUCGACGUGCCCGUGACGAUUUGUGGAGACAUCCACGGCCAGUUUUACGAUUUGCUAGAGCUGUUUCGUGUCGGAAACUUCCUGCCGGAGACGAAUUAUCUCUUCUUAGGGGACUUUGUUGACCGCGGUUACUUCUCUGUGGAGACAUUCUUGUUACUUCUCGCCCUGAAGGUUCGCUACCCGGAUAGGAUAACGCUUAUUCGUGGCAACCAUGAGAGCAGACAAAUUACGCAGGUGUAUGGCUUUUACGACGAAUGUCUGCGCAAAUACGGGAGCAGCAGCGUUUGGAGGUACUGCACGGAAGUCUUUGACUUCAUGUCGCUAGCGGCCAUCAUUGACGACCAGCUCUUCGCGCUCCAUGGGGGCCUUUCCCCGGCGAUUUCAAACAUUGAUGAAAUUCGUUCAAUCGAUAGAAAGCAAGAAGUGCCUCACGAGGGGCCUAUGUGUGAUCUUUUGUGGAGCGACCCCGAAGAAAUGAAAGGCUGGGGGUAUAGCCCGCGAGGGGCUGGCUAUCUCUUUGGUUCCGACAUCGUUAAGACGUUUUGUCACACAAACAACAUCGAAAUCAUCGCCAGAGCACACCAGCUAGUCAUGGAUGGCUAUAAGUGGUGGUUUGACAAGCGACUGGUUACGGUGUGGUCUGCACCCAACUAUUGCUAUAGAUGCGGGAACGUGGCGACGGUUAUGGAGUUAGACGAGCACCUGAACUACCAGUUUAAGACUUUUGAAGCUGCGCCUCCGGAGCGUCGUGGCAUUCCUUCCAAGAAACCCCCUCCGGAUUACUUCUUGUAA